AAUUUAUAAUAGAACUCAAACUUCAACAUCGACACAAAUACUAAUAAUAGGGAAUCAUCACUUAAAGCCAAAUUACUAACCCUCUCUUCGCCUUCGCCGCAUCUACCCACUUCCUGUUGUAUCCCUAGCUUCCUGCCAUUCUUCCUCUUCUCAACAAGGUUUGGGGUGUUUGUUUGGUUUCUUUCUGAUUGUUUAAUCAGUAGAAAGAAAAAGAAAAAAAAAUUGUCGACUUUUCUGGGUAGUGUUGUGGCGAAAGAAAGUUCAGUUUUUUUAGGAGAAUGGCGGGUUGUUCUUCAAAUUUUGCUGUGGCUCGUUUUGCCAAUGUGAGGAAAGAAGUUGUUUUGGGGAAUGAAGAGACAAAUUUGAUUAGGUUGAGUUUCAGGGGUGUGUUGAAUGAAUCUGCAUUUCAAGUUCUACGUGGGAGUAAGUGUGGUAGAUCAUGUGUGCCUAUGCAAGAGAAAGCAAUGUUUCUUAUAAUGAGUAUGUCGCAGCCAUCGGCUGAGAACGAAUCGCAAUCUGCUGUGACUUCCAUAGGAUUAUCAGAAGGGGGAGGUGAUAAUGUCCUGAGCAAUGAUGACGGGACUUGGGAUAGCGAGCCAGACUCCAAAAAUGAAAGAAAUGAUGAUAAUGGAGUUGUAUUGGAUGGUAGUGGUGGUAAUGGGAACUUUGGAAGUGGUGGAGCUGGAGAUGGGAGUGGAGGGGGUGGCGGCGAUGAUGAUGGCAAUGACAAUGAAGAGGAGGAAUUUGGGCCAAUACUAAAAUAUGAUGAGGUAAUGAGAGAGACAGAGGCUCGAGGCGCUACACUUCCAUUGGAUAUGAUAGAGGCUGCUAAGAGUGUGGGAAUCCGCAAGGUGCUUCUUCUUAGAUAUUUGGAUCUGCAGGGAUCUUUUUGGCCUCUAGGAUUUUUCAUGAAAUCAUGCUCUAUGCUUCGCAAUCGAAUGCUGGCUGAUCCCGCAUUUCUUUUCAAAAUUGGCUCAGAGAUUGUCAUCGAUACAUGUUGUGCUACUUUUGCUGAAAUUCAAAAGAGAGGCAAAGACUUUUGGGCCGAAUUUGAGUUGUAUCUUGCAGAUCUUCUUGUUGGGCUGGUUGUUAAUGUUGCUUUGGUAGGUAUGUUGGCACCCUAUGCUCGAAUAGGGAAACCGUCAAUAUCUAGUGGAUUCCUUGGUAGAAUGCAGAAAGCUUAUGCAGCCUUGCCGAGCAGUGUAUUUGAAGCAGAAAGGCCAGGAUGUAGGUUUUCUGUACAGCAGAGACUUGGAACAUACUUCUACAAGGGUAUAAUGUAUGGAGCUGUUGGAUUUGGAUGUGGUAUUAUAGGCCAAGGCAUUGCAAAUUUGAUCAUGACUGCAAAGAGGAGCAUAAAGACAUCAGAGGAAGACAUACCUGUACCACCACUUGUGAAGAGUGCCGCUCUUUGGGGUGUCUUUCUAGCCAUUUCUUCCAACACGCGAUACCAGAUCGUCAAUGGACUGGAACGUUUGGUUGAAGCGUCACCAUUGGCAAAGCAGGUUCCCCCUGUUGCUCUGGCUUUCACAGUUGGUGUGCGUUUUGCAAACAAUGUGUAUGGUGGCAUGCAAUUUGUUGACUGGGCCAGGUGGAGUGGGGUGCAAUAACUCCUUUAUCUUGUUCUGUAUUGUAAGUCAUGUAGGUGUGAUUUUCUAGCCAUCAGUUUUCUUAGAUUUCAAGCAUAACUGAACAGUAUAUUGAUGGAUGAAAUUCAGAUUCCGGAAUCCGUAGUGAGCAAAGGUUGAAUUGUGCUACUACCUUGGUUAAAGUUGCAUGGUUUUAUAAUUAUAUAGAAAGAUUUUCCUUCUGGCGUUAUAAUUGUUAUUAGGCAAUAAUAUAGAGGCAUGAACAUUUGUUUC